AUGGCGGCGCCGAGCCGAGCGCAAGCGAAAGGCUCCGGGAGGCGGCGGCGGGCGAGGAGCGGGGGAGCCGCGGAACCGGCGGAGUACGAGGAGGAGGAGGAGGAGGAGGAGGAGCGCUGGGUCGGGCCGCUCCCAGGGGAGGCCGCGCAGGCGAAGAAAAGGAGAGUUCUUGAAUUUGAACAUGUUUACCUUGAAAAUCUACCAUCUGCUUCAAUGUAUGAACGCAGUUACAUGCACAGAGAUGUCAUUACACACGUAGCAUGUACUAAGACAGAUUUUAUCAUAACAGCCAGUCAUGAUGGACAUGUAAAAUUCUGGAAAAAAAUAGAAGAAGGGAUUGAGUUUGUUAAACACUUCCGAAGUCACCUGGGUGUUAUUGAGAGUAUUGCUGUUAGUUCAGAGGGAGCAUUGUUCUGUUCAGUUGGAGAUGACAAAGCAAUGAAGGUGUUUGAUGUUGUCAACUUUGACAUGAUCAACAUGCUGAAACUUGGCUACCACCCUGGCCAAUGUGAAUGGGUAUAUUGCCCUGGAGAUGCCAUAUCUUCUGUUGCAACAUCCGAGAAGAGCACAGGAAAAAUAUUCAUAUAUGAUGGCCGAGGAAAUAACCAGCCACUUCAUAUUUUUGAUAAGCUCCAUACAUCCUCGCUUACUCAGAUACGGCUGAACCCUGUCUACAAAGUAGUUGUGUCUUCUGACAAGUCUGGGAUGAUCGAGUACUGGACUGGUACACCUCACGAAUAUAAAUUCCCCAAGAAUGUGAACUGGGAGUAUAAAACAGAUACUGAUCUAUAUGAAUUUGCUAAAUGCAAGGCUUACCCAUCCAGUAUAAGUUUUUCACCUGAUGGCAAGAAAAUGGCCACUCUUGGGUCUGACAGAAAAGUUAGAAUUUUUCGUUUUCUGACGGGGAAGCUUAUGAGAGUCUUUGACGAAUCUCUGAGUAUGUUUACCGAACUUCAGCAGAUGAGACAGCAACUUCCAGACAUGGAGUUUGGCCGACGAAUGGCAGUCGAGCGUGAGCUGGAGAAAGUGGAUGCAGUAAGAUUAAUUAAUAUAAUUUUUGAUGAAACUGGACACUUCGUUCUCUAUGGAACAAUGUUGGGCAUUAAGGUCAUCAAUGUAGAGACUAACAGGUGCAUUCGUAUCUUGGGAAAACAAGAGAACAUCAGAAUGAUGCAACUAGCUUUAUUCCAAGGAGUGGCAAAGAAACAUCGUGCUGCAAUCACUAUAGAGAUGAAAGCUUCUGAAAAUCCUGUUCUCCAGAAUAUCCAGGCAGAUCCAACAGUAGUCUGCACAGCUUUUAAAAAAAAUAGGUUUUACAUGUUUACUAAACGUGAACCAGAAGAUACAAAGAGUGCAGAUUCUGAUAGAGAUGUAUUUAAUGAGAAACCUUCUAAAGAAGAGGUCAUGGCAGCCACUCAGGCAGAAGGUCCCAAAAGAGUCUCAGACAGUGCCAUCAUCCACACAAGCAUGGGAGAUAUUCAUAUCAAGCUUUUUCCUGUUGAGUGCCCCAAAACAGUGGAAAACUUCUGUGUGCACAGCAGGAAUGGCUAUUACAAUGGACACAUAAUUCACCGUAUCAUCAAGGGUUUCAUGAUUCAGACUGGUGACCCAACUGGUACAGGGAUGGGAGGUGAAAGUAUUUGGGGAGGAGAAUUUGAAGAUGAAUUUCAUUCAACUUUACGACACGACAGACCAUAUACACUCAGCAUGGCUAAUGCAGGACCAAAUACCAAUGGAUCCCAGUUCUUUAUAACAGUAGUGCCAACUCCAUGGCUAGACAACAAGCACACUGUGUUUGGACGGGUGACUAAAGGAAUGGAAGUUGUUCAGAGAAUCUCAAAUGUAAAAGUCAAUCCAAAAACUGACAAGCCCUAUGAGGAUAUCAGCAUCAUUAAUAUCACAGUGAAGUAAGGCAGGCGUUGAAGGUUCCUGCUUAAGCAGAAAAAAAAUGAGCGUAUGGGACCCAGAAAGGGACCUAGAAAGAACAGAAACAUUUUAAAUAAUUUCUAGAUAUAGUGAGUACCAAGACAGAGCAAUCACCAGUUCUACAAUUUUUAAUGUACCUAAAGUGCCCUAAUUCUGUAUUUCUGAUAACUUUGUAUUUUAAAGUAAAAACAUAAGCAUGUUUCUUAUGAA